GAUUUUUUUCCCAAAUUCCCUGUCAACAUGUACACAAACGCGAGGAAAGCUACAGCAUGAUAUUGAAAUUGACGAGUGCACGAUAUACAAUACUUGAACUCUGAUUGAAGGGUUUGCUCCCAUUACAUGUAAUUACUAUGGCUGCAGUGGAUGAUGAUGCGCUUGCCAAGUUUCUGACUCGAGUGGCAGACAAGAUGGAUGAGGAAGCUGCAAAGCGGGACCAAGGCAAGAAAGAGACUGAAAGUCUUAAACAGGAAGCAGCUGCCAUGCUUGACCUUGACCUUGAUGAGUUCACAUUUGAGGUCGGCACACAAUCAGGUCCCCUGGACUUAUCUGGUAAUGCAGCAUCUGGAAAUAAGUCAGGAUCUACACACCCGAAGGAAAAAAGCGCCGAGUCUUUGGAGGACCUGUUGACGGGACUGAAGAACAGGAUCAACACCUCUGACACCUGGCUCACAGAGAACACGGCCAGUAAGUGGCAGACUGAAAACCCAGAGGUGGCUGAACAGUACCUCAAGGCUAUGACUCAGGAUAGAGAAGAGGAACUUUGAUCCCACUGUAUACCAUCAGGCAGUAAUCAAACGCAUUGGAUGCAAGCGAGAAGGUCUGGUUCGCCUUGAUGCUUACAAAAGUGACGGUCACAUUGGACCUGUUGAUAGACUCAAGUAAAGGAUUGUUGAUGAAAGCCUAUCUAAAUGCAUAUUCUCAGAGUAAGUGUUUAGGACAGUGUUCUGUGCUUAUACAAUGGUACAAAACAUAGUGUUCUAUACAUCAUGGAUGAGUUUACCUGAACGUAACAUGUGUAGUAAAAAAUGGCUGAUUUUUAUGGGAUAAAAGUUUCAGAUUGAUACAGUAUCUGAUGUGUUUUAUCUGGUAUGCGGACCAAAUAGUUUUCCAGUGUUUGUUAGUUUGUUAUUUAAGACUAAUCCUUAAUUAUGCUGGUACAAGUACAACUUUUAAAGAAACACUUAAUUUUCUUCAAAAGCUUUACACAUGUACUUUUAUUGUUGCUGUCCGAUAAAAAGUUCAAAUAGAAUCUUUUGCUACAUGUACUGCCUGAAAGUGUUUGUAUUUCUAUCAUCAAAUCCUGUAGACAAUAUGAGCUUGUCAAAUUUGCGGGGCAAUAUGUUCCUUUAUCAAGACACAAAAAACCAAUACCACUUGUAUUACAUAAAACUAAAGAGAAAUAUAAUAGGAUGUAACUAAUAUUCAAAAGUAAUAAGAUAGCAUAGGAUUUAGGAAAUGAUAUACCUCAAGACCAUGCCUUCAUGUAUUUACAGCACUCAUAGGAGAGGAUAGAUUUCUUUGUUUUAUCCUUACCAUCACCCGAUAAGAAAAAAUCAUAAUGAAACAUUGUCGGAGGGCAACGUUGAUAAAUUUUCCACUAACUUUAACCCUAGUUGAACAUUGAGAUGGAAACGUGAGGCCAGGACAAGUACACAUAUUUUACCUCUGCAGAAUCCCUUCAGCCCACACUGUAGUGGAGUAUAUUCAGUUGAUUUAGCAAUCAUCUUCAGAAUAAAAUAAAUUUUAGAUGAAAGAAAAUUCAAUGGACUUUAUUUUAUAAAUUUUCAGGUCUUUUUAACAUACAUAAAAAACUUUGAUGCCAUGUUUUUACUUACAAUAAAAAAAUCACAAAUACAUGUUGUUUUCUUA